CUCCAGGGACAAAUUUCAACACUUUGUAAAGGAUGGUUCCAAGCAUAUACUUUCUGCUACAGUAAUACAGCUUGUUUGACAAGCAAUAAUCUACCAUCAUAGGGUAGAGUAUGUAUUCAAAGCCUUUGAUACUGGUCUGCCCGUACAACCAUUAGUUAUAUCGGACUUGGAAUACCUACUUCAAUUUUACCAGCUCAAGAAAAAAAAAUUGAGAAAGCAGUUGACACCUACCAUGAGCGACAGCGAUGAUCUCUUCAAGCUCUUUGCUCCUUCGUACUACUUUGACAAACCAAGACAGUAUGCUGAUAGUGACUGGUUCAUUGUUGCAGAACAAAGCAUCUUGGUCGAUGAGGAGGCAUUUUGGGCUGUAGUUAAAAAAUGGACACUGGAACCUGAACUCGUUAUUCCUCCUCUUCGCAAGUGCGAUAUCAUCGAUCGAGUUGAAUUGCCCAACGAACGUAUCACUCGAAAUUUAAUACCAAAACGAAAAUCAAAAGAUCCAAUUUUGAAGGAACUAGUCGAAUAUCAUGCUAGCAAUGAAACACGUCCAGCUCGCGUGACCUUCGCCCCUGAUGUAGUAUCAGAAAAUCAACUGCCGUUCUAUUACCCAAAGGUUCGCGCAUACAGUCUAGUGUUUGACAGUCGUAUUACAGACGAUCAGCAUGAUACUGAAGCGGUUAUUAGGCUAGAGAUUAAGCCAUUCAGUAUAACCCAGACAGGGAUCAGCAAUGAUAAGAUGAUCUACGCACUAAGCGAAGUGUUCCAUAAACUGUACAAGUGGUGCAUACAUACCUCGUUGGGAUACGAGAAGCGAGCAAAUCACGAUGUGCUUGUUCCUAAAGAAAUGUACCAUGAAACGUACGCGCGUAUCAAGGCCAAGUAUGCGGACAAGAUUAUCAGCCAAUGGACAGAAAAAACCGACCCAACAAAAUUUGUAUUUGAAGAUAUCGCAAUUGCCAGCUAUUUGAUCUGCUUAUGGCAGAUAGAACGACAGCGUUUAGGACAAUCUAGACUCCAAUCCUUUGUUGAUUUAGGUUGUGGCAACGGCCUGUUGACUCAUCUUCUGGUGAGCGAAGGGCAUCCUGGAAAAGGUGUCGAUAUAGCCAAACGAAAAAUCUGGGAUCAACUCUGUGAUGGCAAAGACGAUUGCCUGAUAGUGCAAAGCUUACACCCUCCAACGGCGUCCUAUCCAAAUGUGGACUGGCUUAUUGCAAACCAUGCCGACGAACUGGUGCCAUGGACACCAAUCAUGGCAGCUAGAACUGAAAGCAGAUUCAUCGUUAUUCCAUGCUGCUAUUUUCAGUUGGAUGGUAGUCGGCAUAAGGGCCUGAGUGGAUUGGAGGGUGGCAAAUACCGUGAAUAUACCGACUAUGUCAAGAACAUCGCUAUUCAGUGUGGUUACAGCAUUGACGAAGACCAACUGCGUAUUCCUAGCACUCGAAACAUAGCAGUAGUUGGUCAGACCCGUCAUCCAGUGGAAGGUUUAAUUACUGAAACGGUCGGACAUUUCGUGGCGCGGGUGUCUGAUCGAGAACUGGAGGAGCAACGUCGCAAGAAGGCAGCUGAGAAACGAAAGUAGCCAAUCACAUAACUGUGCUACCCAUUCUGCUAUUUGUAGCCCAUAUCACCCUUUUAAAUUUGUAUAUAAUCCUUUUUUUCACUCUGCUUCUCCCUUCUUUAUUUUCUAAAAAAUUUUCUUCAAAGCUUUCUGCUGAAUGAAAGUUAAUAUUUUGCUUGCCUUGCUGGCCGUGUCAGGCACGGCACUUGCUCAAUUGCCUAUUGUCGAUCCUGGUUCAUCCGCCGCUGCAACCACCACCACCACCACUACCACUGAUUCUACCACUUCAGCUCCUCCACCACCCACAUCUACUACUACGACUUCGAGUGAACCUACAACCUCAUCCGUCCCUCCCGCAUCAUC